CAGGUGAGAGUGGCAUGGCGCGGGUCACGGGUGGUGGGGGCGACCCUGUACCUGCCCCUGGUGCCACCAGCCCUGAGCUGCUGGCACUGGGGUGACCAGGAGGAAGGCAAGAGCAGCUGGGUACAGGGGGGAGUUGGAGGACAGGUGUAGGGACCACAGGUCCUGGGAUUGGCCAAAACCCAGCCCUGGGAGGGACUGAAAGGGGAGCUCAGGAUGAAGGGACGGGAGGGAGGCAGCACAGAGUGGUCCAAGGGAGCUGGGGGCUGCGGGUGUGGGGUUCAGGGGAGGCUCUGUGGGCGCCCCUGAGGCAGGCAGGGACUCAUCACCUCCCUACCCCGAUGGCACAGGGCAUGGUCCCAUUCUUUGGAGUGUUUCUCUGUGACGUGCCCGUAGACCAACUCCCGGAAAAUAACGACAUCACUGUCAUCCUAUAUGAGUUAAUGAUACAUAAGCACGUGGCCAGGCUGUAUGACCUGGAGCCCGAGGAGCACGUCAUGUCAUUUCUCCAGGCCGUGGAGCCCCUGGAUGAGGAGGAGAGCUACAGCCUGUCCUGCCAGCUGGAGCCAGAGGGCCAGAGGGCCGGCAGAAAGGGGCUGUUGCAGUUCUUCAGGCCCCACAAGACGUAAACUUAUGGGCCGCCCAGGGCCAGGUG